CGCGCCGCAGCCGGUGACCGCGCCCCACUCUCACACUCAGGCCGAGAACACGCCUGAACCCGCGUCACCGAAGGGGGACCUCGCGGCCUGAUCAGCCUGCAGACUCCAGCUGGUCCGCUCAGAAACUCGCGUGAGGAAAAGCGCACGAUUCCCCCCACCCCGAGAGCGUCAGGCCGUGCGCCCCGCGCCCGCAGCCCCGGCCCCCGCCCGCCCUCCUCCCGCCGACCCGGCUCGGGGCUUAGGCGUUAAUUCCGCCCCGCGGGACCGGGCCGCGCGGGAGCCCUAAUCGCCUUAGGUUCAAGGGCUUAGGUCCCAGCCCGCGGGGCCCGACCGCGCCGCACCGAGCGGCCUCCGUGCCAGCUAGCGCACAAGGGCCACGUGUGUGCCUCAAGAUGACCAGGCAGAUGCUGUCCUCAAGAGCAGAAGCUGGCCCCCACUGCUCACAUGGCUGUCUACAGCACGAAGUAUUUAGUAGCUGGACUCCCGGAGAGCAGUGAUCUGUGCCCUAAGACAGUGAGUUACAGGAAUAUUUAUGAUUAGCCAUAUUUAUAGAAGCAUCCUGGAAGAUGGAAUUAUGAUGAGAAAGUGAAGAUAAUCUACAUUCAGGAGCAGAAAUGAGCACUUGGAUCCGUUAUUAACCUGAGAUACAUGGUGCAGCAGCGGGAGUAGUGAUGGUCAGUCAUGGAGGGUAACUCGCAAACUUGUCCCAGGGAGGACAGUGAUUUCGUUUCUGAUAAAAUAAAGUUUAAGAUAGAAGAGGAGGAUGAUGAUGGAAUUCCUCCCGACGGUUUGGAAAGAAUGGACUGUAAACGCGAGCAGGGCACGAAGCAGACUGACGGCAGUGGGGAGCGCAUGGGCCUGGACGGGCCGGGCUGUGGCUGCAAGCCCCUGGGGAAGUGCUUGUCUGCAGAGAGCGAGGACGACUAUGGCGCCCUGUUCUCCCAGUACAGCAGCACCCUCUACGACGUGGCCAUGGAGGCCGUGACCCAGAGCCUGCUUUCCAGCCGGAACAUGAGCUCCAGGAAGAAGUCUCCGGCCUGGAAGCAUUUUUUUAUCUCUCCCCGAGACAGCACUAAAGCAAUCUGCAUGUACUGUGUGAAGGAGUUCAGCAGAGGCAAAAACGAGAAAGACCUGAGCACCAGUUGUCUCAUGAGGCACGUGAGGCGCGCACACCCGACCGUGCUCAUUCAGGAAAACGGCAGCAUGUCCGCCGUGUCCUCCUUCCCCUCUCCCUCGCUCCUGCUUCCCCCGCAGCCUGCGGAUGCCGGCGACCUCAGCACCAUCCUCUCACCCCUCAAGCUUGUUCAGAAAGUGGCAUCUAAGAUCCCGUCCCCCGACCGAACCACAGAGGAGUCUGUGUCUGUAGUUUCUUCUGAAGAAAUCUCCUCCGACGUGUCCAUUUCGGAGAAGUGCAGCAGAGAAGAAGCACUGCUGGGGUCCUCUCCUCAUCUCCCUGCGCUCCAUUACGAUGAACCUGCAGAGAAUGCAUCAGAGAAGAGCCUUCCACUUCCGAAGAGCACAUCGGGGUCUAGGAGAAGGUCGGCUGUCUGGAAGCACUUCUACCUGUCACCACUGGACAGCUCCAAAGCCGUCUGCAUCCACUGCAUGAAUGAGUUCAGCCGGGGGAAGAACGGGAAGGACCUGGGCACCAGCUGCCUCAUCAGGCACAUGUGGAGGGCGCACCGAGCCAUCGUGCUACAGGAGAACGGGGGUGCGGGCAUCCCGCCGCUGUACUCCACCCCUCCCACCCUGCUGCCUGCCCUGCUGCCACCCGAGGGGGACCUCAGCUCUGUGUCCUCGUCUCCUGUCAAGCUGGUCAGAGAGUCCCCUUCGGCCUCCUCCUCCCCUGAUAGGCUGGCUGAGGACCUGCAGUCUCACUUGAACCCUGGAGAUACGCUGAUGGAAGAUGCAGCGGCAUUCUCGUCCUCCGACGACGUGGGGGAGGCCUCAGUGUCCUCUCCCGAGAAGCAGCAGGCUGACGGGUUGAGUCCUAGAUUGUUUGAAUCAGGUGCCAUCUUCCAGCAGAAUAAAAAGGUCAUGAAGAGGCUGAAGUCAGAAGUCUGGCAUCACUUCUCCCUGGCCCCCACGGACAGCCUCAAGGCUGUGUGUCGGUACUGCAGCUGCGUCAUCAGCCGGGGGAAGAAGGGCGACGUGGGCACCAGCUGCCUGAUGAGGCAUCUCUACAGGCGCCAUCCGGAAGUUGUUGGGAGUCAGAAGGGCUUUCUAGGUGCGAGUCUGGCAAAUUCUCCAUAUGCCACGUUGGCUUCUGCAGAAAGUUCUUCUUCCAGAUUGACUGACUUGCCGACAAUGGUCCCAAAAAGCAAUCAAGUCCUGUUUCCUGCUAACGGCAAGAAGACCUCAAAGCUGUGGAAUCAUUUUUCUAUUUGCUCCGCUGACUCCACAAAAGUCGUGUGCUUGCACUGUGGCCGGACCAUCAGCCGGGGGAAGAAGCCGACCAACCUGGGUACCAGCUGUCUCCUGAGACACUUACAGCGUUUCCAUAGCAACGUCCUGAAAGCCGACGCCUCAGAGACGGCUCGGGCCCCCUCUCCAGACAUCCGGGUGCCGCUGGGCACAGAACUGUCAGGUGCUUCCUCCUCUGAUUACACCAAUGAGAAGUUUUAUGAUUCUCACCCAGUUGCCAAAAAAAUCACCAGUCUCAUAGCUGAAAUGAUUGCACUGGACCUCCAGCCGUAUUCUUUUGUAGACAAUGUUGGCUUUAACAGGCUGCUCCAAUACUUGAAACCUCAGUACUCCCUCCCCUCCCCUUCCUACUUCUCCAGGACAGCUAUCCCAGGGAUGUAUGACAAUGUGAGACAGAUCAUCAUGUCCCACCUGAAGGAAGCUGAGAGUGGCGUGAUCCACUUCACGUCUGGAAUAUGGAUGAGCAACCAGACCCGGGAGUACCUGACCCUCACGGCCCACUGGGUCUCCUUCGAGUCGUCGGUCCGGCCGCGCUGUGAGGACCACCACUGCUCGGCGCUGCUGGACGUGUCCCAGGUGGACUGUGACUACAGUGGCAGCAGCAUCCAGAAGCAGCUGGAGUGCUGGUGGGAAGCCUGGGUGACCUCCACUGGCCUUCAGGUGGGCAUCACCGUCACCGACAACCCCAGCAUCGGGAAGACGCUGAGCGAGGGGGAGCACUCGAGCGUGCAGUGCUUCAGCCACACGGUGAACCUCAUCGUCAGCGAGGCCAUCAAGAGCCAGAGGAUGGUGCAGAACCUGCUGAGUAUCGCCCGCAAGAUCUGCGAGCGGGUGCACCGGUCGCCCAAAGCGAAGGAGAAGCUGGCAGAGCUGCAGAGGCAGUACGCACUGCCGCAGCACCACCUCCUCCAGGACGUCCCGUCCAAGUGGAGCACAUCCUUCCACAUGCUGGAGCGGCUCAUUGAGCAGAAAAGGGCCGUUAACGAGAUGUCUGUGGAGUGCAACUUCCGAGAGCUGAUCAGCUGCGACCAGUGGGAGGUCAUGCAGUCCGUGUGCCGUGCGCUGAAGCCCUUCGAGGCUGCCAGCAGGGAGAUGAGCACGCAGAUGUCCACCCUCAGCCAGGUCAUCCCCAUGGUGCACAUCCUCAACCGGAAGGUGGAGAUGCUCUUCCAGGAGACCAUGGGCAUUGACACCAUGCUGCGCGCUCUUAAGGAGGCCAUGGUGAGCCGCCUGUCCGCUACCCUCCACGACCCGCGGUACGUCUUCGCCACGCUGCUGGACCCUCGCUACAAGGCCUCCCUGUUCACGGAGGAGGAGGUGGAGCAGUACAAGCAGGAUCUAAUCAGGGAACUUGAACUCAUGAAUUCUACCUCAGAGGACGCGGCUGCCUCCCACGGGUGUGAUGCUGGCUCCCCGUCGCAAGACUCUGCCGCAGAGGAGAACCUGUGGUCACUGGUGGCCAAGGUAAAGAGAGACCCGAGAGGAACGCUGCCUGAAGACAUGGUGCUCGCGUAUCUGGAGGAGGAAGUGCUUGAACACAGCUGUGACCCGCUCACCUACUGGAACCUGAAGAAGGCGUCCUGGCCAGGGCUGUCCUCGCUGGCCGUCAGAUUCCUGGGCUGCCCCCCAAGCAUUGUCCCUUCGGAAAAGCUGUUCAGCACGCCCACGGAGCACGGUAGCCUUGGCCAAUCCAGGCUCAUGAUGGAACAUUUUGAAAAACUUAUCUUUUUAAAAGUGAAUCUCCCCUUAAUAUACUUUCAGUAUUGAAACCCACGACGGCACCUCCAGGCCAGAGGCGUGGCUGCCCCAGCAUGAGCAGCCUGCACCGGGGCUGCUGAUCGCUCUGCCCAGGCCCUCUCAGGACCGCCCUCCAGCUCACCAGUGUCUCCACGUGCCUUACCCCUCCUCCUUCAGGCCAGGUUUCGUGGUGUGUUUUUUAAGACAUCCACUAGAAAUAGGUUGUCCUGUCAACUAUGAAACAUGACGACUAGAUUUUAAUUCAUAACUGUAAAGUUUUUUAAAGUUUUGGGUUAGUAAUUUGUUUUACUAGAAUGACAAGAUGUAAACAGUUUUAUCCUGUAGGCUUUUUACUCAAUUGUGUACAAACCACAAAUCAGGUACUGUAUUUUAGUUAAGCAUUGCUUUAAUUGCGGCAGAAUAGCUUUUGUGGCUAUGAAAAUCUGUAAAUAGGAGGUGGAGGUCAAGCCAUCCUGACUGAGCAGUUUCUAACUGCAGGUUCUAAAGUAUAUCGCGGAGUACAGAUAAUAUUCUGGAAGGUAACUGUUUACUCUACGACAGAGACGUGGCAUUUGGAAACGGAACUUAGAUGUUUCAUGGAGUUUAUUUUGAGAACGUUCCCGUUUCAAGUUUCUGCAUUCAGGCUUUACAUGGUCAUUUAACUCAGAGAUACCCCGACUGUCUCUCAUCAGCUCCUCUGAAACGUGAUCCGUCUGUAACUGUGCUCAUCACCUCACCAGUGCGUUCAAUGACACGCUGACGGCAGGUGUCCCUGCUGAGACCCCCACGCCUCUGCUUCAGCAUCUCCACGCUCUGAAGUUGUCUUUCAAAAUGUGUGCACUGACCCCUUGUUUGAUGAAAUUUGUGUAAAAUUUUUUUAGAAGAGAUGGCUUAUUAACAGGGAAGAAGCUUGUUAUGUUACAGUUGUAAGAAUAGCCUUAGGUGUUAGAUUUUUUUUUUUUUUUUAAUGAUAGGGAAGAUUCAGCCAUCGCUGGGAUAUUUUAGAAUCCCAAGGACAUCAGAAUGAAGUAUCAGUUAUCAGAUUCUUUUAACAAUUAUGUCUUCAGAGGAAAAAGAUUCAUUUUCUCGUUUUAAGCCAGUUAAAUGCUCUGGGUUAGACAAAUCACUCGUUUGCCUACAGCCUUUUAGUAAAGUUGUUUUGCUGAAAUACUGUACCUCCGCUUAAUCUCAAUUUGCAUCCACUAUGUUUUAGUGUAUUUAUAAAUGGUGAACUCAGUUUCUGAAAUUAAACUUUUUAUUUGCAAUUUUC